AAGUUAGUGAAGGAGAAGAACUAGACGAAGGGGAGUGAAAAGAGGCUGGUCAGUCUCCUGUGAAUGCUCAGAACCUGCCACCACCUUGUCUAUUGUUUUUUACUAAAUCAAAAUCCCACAAGAUCAAGGCGCACCAGUCACCACCUUCCUCCAUUUUUGUAACUUAUUAACAAAAGACAUAAUCCAAGUGAACCACACACUCUCUCCUCAUUAGUCCACCACCCCACCUCCUUGUUCCUGUAAUGGUGGAGACUUUCUAUGUUUCCUUUACAUGUUCCAUAUUUUUAUAACCUUAACCACUCCCUUUCUCUGUCUCUUUGUCUUCAUGUUCCCUUCUUGACCUUUUUUAAGCUCGAUGGUUUCCUUAGCCAUCUUUCCCUUUUCCUCUUAUUAAUUUUCUCGUCAUUGCUGGUAAUUUAAUCAGAGGAUAGUUAGAUAGAAGCUAAAGAAUACCCAUGCUGAGUUUGUAGCUUCUUGUUUGAUUAUUCUUUUAUUUUUGAGCGAAGGGUUUGUUAAGCUGAGAGAGAAUCUCCUUCUACAGUGUUGAUUAGAAAUAAAAAUGGCAAAUGGAUCACCAAAGCAGCAUCAGCUAGAAGCAAAGAGAAAGCGCAUAACUUGGAUUCUUGGGGUCAGUGGCCUUUGCGUUUUGUUCUAUGUUUUGGGAGCUUGGCAGCAUACCGCAGCCCCCACAAAUCUAGCCCAGUCCGUCACUAAAGUAGCUUGUGAUGGUUCAAACUUUGCCGGGGUUAGUUCCAAUCCAUCAUCAGAAUCAGCUGUCUUGGACUUUAAUAGCCAUCAUCAGAUUCAGUUCAACAACACUGAUUCAGUUAAUGAGAUUCCACCAUGCGACAUGUCCUAUAGUGAGUACACUCCUUGCCAAGAUCCUCGAAGGGGAAGGAAAUUUGAUAGGAACAUGUUGAAAUAUAGAGAGAGGCAUUGCCCAACAAAGGAUGAAUUGCUUCUUUGCUUGAUACCUGCUCCUCCUAAAUAUAAGACCCCUUUUAAAUGGCCACAAAGCCGUGAUUAUGCCUGGUAUGAUAACAUUCCCCAUAAGGAGCUUAGCAUUGAAAAGGCUGUGCAGAAUUGGAUUCAAGUUGAGGGUGACCGAUUUAGAUUCCCCGGUGGAGGCACCAUGUUCCCCCGUGGAGCUGAUGCUUAUAUUGAUGACAUUAGUGAGCUCAUUCCUCUUACUGAUGGAAGCAUCAGAACUGCAAUUGACACAGGCUGUGGUGUUGCGAGUUGGGGUGCAUACCUGUUGAAGAGGGACAUUAUAGCAAUGUCUUUUGCACCAAGGGAUACGCAUGAAGCACAAGUCUGGUUUGCAUUGGAGAGGGGAGUUCCUGCUAUGAUUGGCAUCAUGGCUUCGCAAAGGCUUCCUUACCCAGCAAGGGCUUUUGACAUGGCUCAUUGUUCCCGUUGCUUGAUACCAUGGCAUCAAAAUGAUGGUUUGUAUCUGAUUGAAGUGGAUAGAGUUUUAAGGCCUGGUGGCUAUUGGAUUCUAUCUGGUCCUCCUAUUCACUGGAAGAAGUACUGGAGAGGUUGGGAAAGAACCGCAGAAGACUUGAAGCAAGAGCAGGAUGCUAUUGAGGAUGUA